UUAGCUAUUGGAUGAUGGCGGACCACUACGAGUGCUUAGGGAAGAAGCAAUUCCUCCUAUCAUGUAGUCUUCUCCCUCUAGUUGCCAAGCCAAUUCUUAUUAUUUGUUAAAGUUCUCAGCCAAAAGCUGUUUCAAGCAAUACUAAUAAUACACAUAUGUCUUCCUUUUCUCCAAUAAGAGGAGGCGGCUGAUUCCGUCCAUCACUGGUGGAAGACUUUUGCCUGCAAGUUUCUCAACAAGAGUGCAGAGGCUGGGAGCUUUGAUUCUUUUCUCAUCAGCUGUACCAUGUUUUCGGAUUCUCUGCAUUUUCCAGUUUCAGGGGAUUUGGAGUAAGCUCGAGGGAAAGCUACGAGAAGCGUAAGGAGAAAAAGAAGAAAAGAAGCCAAGGAAGCAACAAGUGCUUUCGGCGUUUUGUUACAGUCACAGAGAAGAGAACCGUAACGCAGAGUGAUGAGUAGCAUAUUCAAGGGGUCGCCAUACCGGCGGCCGAAUGACGUGGAGGCCGGAAGCAGCCGCUCCGCCCACUCCGACAACGAAGACGAUGAGUUUUCUGCUGGUCCUUUUGACAUCACCAGUACUAAGAACGCUCCCAUCGACCGCCUCCGCGGGUGGAGGCAAGCUGCACUGGUGCUGAAUGCUUCUCGUCGAUUUAGAUAUACCUUGGACUUGAAAAAGGAAGAACAGAAGAAGCACAUUUUAAGAAAGAUCAGAGCACAUGCGCAAGCUAUACGAGCUGCAUAUCUUUUCAAACAAGCCGGUGAACGAGUAAAUGGGAUUGCAAUUCGACACCCACCUGCUGGCGGUGAUUUUGGAAUUGGACCAGACGAACUUGCUUCAGUGACUAGGGAUCACAAUCUUAAUUUUCUGCAGGAAUAUGGAGGGGUUACUGAGCUGGCAGAGUGGCUGAAAACAAAUUUGGAGAAAGGGGUUCAUGGAGAUGACACUGAUUUACUGCAACGGAGGAAUGCAUUUGGUUCAAACACAUACCCUCGGAAAAAAGGAAGAAGUUUUUGGAGGUUUGCCUGGGAAGCUUGCCAAGAUCUUACUCUGAUAAUUUUGGUGGUAGCUGCUGUAGCUUCUCUGGCUUUGGGGAUAAAGACAGAGGGUCCCGAGGAAGGCUGGUAUGAUGGGGGUAGCAUAGCAUUUGCAGUUAUACUUGUUAUUGUUGUGACAGCUAUUAGUGACUAUAAACAAUCUCUUCAGUUCCAAAAACUAGAUGAGGAGAAGAGAAACAUACAUUUGGAGGUUGUUAGAGGAGGUAGAAGAGUUGAAAUUUCGAUAUAUGAUAUUGUUGUUGGUGAUGUUGUACCCCUCAACAUUGGUGAUCAGGUCCCUGCUGAUGGAAUUUUAAUCUCUGGUCACUCUCUGGCAAUAGAUGAAUCUAGCAUGACUGGAGAAAGUGAUAUUGUUCACAAAGAUACCAAGCAACCAUUUUUAAUGUCUGGCUGCAAAGUGGCAGAUGGAAGUGGCAUUAUGCUGGUAACUGGGGUCGGGGUUAAUACUGAAUGGGGUUUGCUCAUGGCUAGUCUGUCAGAAGACACUGGUGAAGAAACGCCCUUGCAGGUACGUUUGAAUGGAGUUGCGACUUUCAUCGGUUUUGUUGGACUCAGUGUAGCUUUUGCAGUCUUGGUUGUCCUUUUAGUUAGGUACUUCACUGGUCAUACCAUAGACGAAAGUGGAAAAAAGCAGUUUGUUGCGGGCAAGACUAGUGGGGGCGAUGCUGUAGAUGGAGCCAUUAAGAUUAUCACUGUUGCAGUUACUAUUGUGGUUGUUGCGGUGCCUGAAGGGCUUCCAUUAGCUGUCACAUUAACCCUUGCUUACUCAAUGAAAAAAAUGAUGGCAGAUAAAGCUCUGGUGCGCAGGCUUUCUGCCUGUGAGACAAUGGGUUCUGCCACAACAAUUUGCAGUGAUAAGACUGGAACCUUAACUUUGAAUCAGAUGACAGUGGUUGAAGCGUAUGUUGGUGGGAGAAAAAUUGAUCCUCCAGAUAGCAGCUCAGAGUUACCUGAUAUGCUGACCUCAUUACUUAUUGAAGGUGUUGCAGUGAAUGCAAAUGGCAGUGUCUUUACCCCGGAGGGAGGUGGAGAUGUAGAGGUUUCUGGAUCACCAACAGAAAAAGCAAUUCUUAAUUGGGCAAUCAAGCUUGGUAUGAAUUUUGAUGCUGUCAGGUCAGGAUCUUCAAUUGUUCAUGUAUUCCCUUUCAACUCGGAGAAAAAACGAGGCGGUGUUGCAAUACGAUUGCCGGACUCCAAAGUUCAUAUUCACUGGAAAGGGGCUGCUGAAAUAGUGUUGGCUGCAUGCUCUUGGUACCUUGACACUGAUGAUGGUGUUGUAGCUAUGGAUGAAGAAAAGGUGGCCUUUUUUGAAAAGGCGAUUGAAAGUAUGGCUGUUGGUAGUUUGCGUUGUGUUGCUAUUGCGUACAGAUCAUAUGAAAGUGAAAAGGUUCCAACUAAUGAAGAAGAGCUUGCUCGAUGGGCUUUACCUGAUGAUGACCUUGUUUUACUGGCUAUUGUUGGUCUAAAGGACCCUUGUCGGCCAGGUGUCCAAGAUUCAGUGCAAUUAUGCCAAAAGGCUGGUGUAAAGGUACGCAUGGUCACUGGUGACAACCUUAAGACAGCAAAGGCAAUUGCUUUAGAAUGUGGGAUACUACAUUCAGAUGCAGAUUCUUCUGAGCCUAAUCUCAUUGAGGGUAAAGCUUUUCGUGCACUAUCUGAUACGCAAAGGGAAGAAGUUGCUGAGAAAAUAUCUGUGAUGGGCCGAUCAACACCCAACGAUAAACUUCUACUUGUGCAAGCGUUGAGAAAGAGGGGACAUGUUGUUGCUGUAACUGGAGAUGGCACCAAUGAUGCUCCAGCUCUACAUGAGGCCGACAUUGGUCUUGCAAUGGGUAUUCAAGGGACAGAAGUUGCAAAAGAGAAUUCAGAUAUCAUCAUCUUGGAUGACAAUUUUGCUUCAGUUGUGAAGGUCGUCCGAUGGGGUAGAUCUGUAUAUGCAAAUAUCCAAAAGUUCAUCCAGUUUCAACUUACAGUUAAUGUUGCAGCUCUUGUUAUAAAUGUUGUAGCUGCAGUUUCAUCUGGUGAUGUCCCACUGAAUGCGGUCCAGCUUUUGUGGGUUAAUCUUAUCAUGGAUACUCUUGGAGCAUUGGCAUUGGCUACUGAACCACCAACAGACCACCUGAUGCACCGUCCCCCUGUUGGUCGAAGGGAACCUCUUAUAACUAAUAUCAUGUGGAGGAACUUGGUUAUACAGGCUGUAUAUCAAGUGAGUGUUCUGCUUGUUCUCAAUUUCCAAGGCAAGAAGAUAUUGCAUCUGGAUCAUCAGAGUAGAGAACAUGCUAGCAAAGUGAAGAAUACAGUUAUUUUCAAUGCAUUUGUCCUGUGUCAAAUCUUUAAUGAGUUCAAUGCUCGGAAGCCAGAUGAAAUGAACAUUUUCAAAGGACUUAGUAGAAAUUAUCUCUUUAUUGGAAUAGUGGCAAUAACUGUUGUACUUCAGGUUGUUAUUGUCGAGUUUCUGGGGAAGUUUGCUAAAACUGUGCAGCUUAACUGGAAGCUGUGGCUGGUAUCAGUUGCUAUUGGGUUUGUCGGUUGGCCCCUUGCGCUCCUUGGGAAGCUGAUACCUGUUCCGGAAACUCCUGUCAGUAAGUUCUUUUCAAGAAAGUAUUAUGGUCGGAAAAAUCGAAGUAAUCGAGAGAAAGCAUGAUGGCUCACAUCAUUAAAGACAUUGGCACUAACACUGUCUAUACGUUUACUGAUUUGCUUGCCAUAUCUCGUAUUUUCUGGUGAAAAUAUCAACACAAAUCUCAGUAUAGUUUUUGGAGAAUUCCAAGGCAAACCUAGUUGGAAGUGUUUUGGAUUCUUCUUCUUUAGAGUAGCGUUGUAUACAUACGUUAACAUGAUCGCACAUCAGUUAAGAGGUGGGGGUGCCACACUGCAUCUGUUUAUUGAUAUAAAUUCUUUCUUUUGGACUCAGGUAGGGAAUUUGUCCCAAUUAUGUGUAUCUUCUUUGGGAUUUUGUGACAUACGUGUCGAGUAAAUUACAAAAGGUCACCUCAUACAAUCUGGCAGUUAAAACA